CCCGUUCCCAAAACGCAGCCCGUUGGCCGGGUGAACCAUAACCUUGGUUCCGCUUUCUCGAACGACCGUCGUUUCUCCGGUUACUUCCUGAAGAGAACAACCUUGGAACCUAACCCACUCUCGCAGGAGAAUGGAAGGGGACGAAACCUCCUCUGCCGAGAUCUCGAGCCCGGAAGAAGGCGGCGACGACGGGAUAUCGGAGUACGAGAGCCAGCGGCUCUCAAGGAUAAAAGAGAACAGGGCGAGGCUCGAAGCUCUCGGGCUUCCCCAACUCGCUUCCUCCCUUAUUGGUUCUCUCUCCAAGCACCGGCGGCCCGGCGAAGAAGAUAAGGGAAAGAAGAAGGCGAAGAAGAGGAAGGGAGUUGGACGUAGCAGUGCAGAUGAUGAGGACGAUGAGGAAUACCGACCGUCAGAUGAAAACGAAGAACAAGAAGACGGGGAGAGUUCUUCCUCUAGCGAAGAGGAGAAGGAAAAAGACAAGAAGCCUCCUUCUGGUUCGCGUCGAAAGGGAAAGAAAAGCAAUUCCUUAAAUGCAGCAAGGGUGGGGAAAAGUUUUGAUGGAGAAGGGGACAAGAAAAAUUCUGAUGAUUUCAUUGAUGACGAUGCAGCCAUAAAACAGGCCAUUGCUCUCUCACUCGGAGAAGCGAUGGAGGAAUCAGCUGCAGCAGGAUUUUCUCAACAUUCUGGUACAAAUGUAGCUGAUUCUGGUCCUCGUGGGAAAAAAGAUAACACCCGCUUACAGGAAACUGUUGGGAAAAGGAAGAACAAAAAAUUGAGCAAGAGUCAGGUGCAACUAAGUGAAGAUGAAGUGGUUGCUUACUUCUUUUCUUUUGAUGAAGUGGGAAAAGGCCAUAUCACAGUGCGGGAUCUACAAAGAAUGGCCAUUGCUCAUGAUUUUACUUGGACAGGUGAUGAAAUUGCCAAUAUGAUUCAUUGCUUUGACAGAAAUGGCGACGGAAAGCUUAAUUUGGAUGAUUUUCGAACCAUUGUAUCUCGAUGCAACAUGAUGCAGGAGCCUGGAGAGUGUUAAAGUUGCGGUUGCAGUUUCGUUUAUGAAGACAGAAAUUUCAUUCUCAGAGAAUAUUAUUUGGCAGCUGCAUUUGCUUGGCAAAAUUGCUCCGCCUAGCUCAGGUGCAUGUCUAUACGUACUGAAUGAUGGAGAGAACCAAGGGAAGAAAGGGAUGGAUGGUUACAGUUUCCAACUAUAGUUAAAUGUUGUUUGUGUUGACUAUAGAUAGAUGUUGAGCUCUCUCUCUCUCUCUCUCUCUCUCUCACGCGCGCGCGCGAGCAUACGCUGUUUUCUUAAUUUUCUUUUAAGACUCUUGGUUAAAGUAUCUUAGAUGUGGCUUUCAUUUAGAGCUCCGUGUGAGAAACUUGUCUUACCUUACCACCAUAUAUUUACCUUACCACCAACA